AUGGCAAAGGGAACCACUUCUUGUUUUUGUUUUCUUUCCUUAUUUCUAGUCAUUCUGGCCUUUCACUUGGCUGAAGCUGCUGUACCAGCCAUAUUUGUAUUUGGUGACUCAACUGUUGAUGUUGGGACAAAUAAUUUCUUACCUACGUCCCAAGCCAAGGCUAAUUUCCUGUAUUAUGGGAUUGACUAUCUUGGUUCAGUCCCUACUGGGAGAUUCAGCAAUGGUUAUAAUUGUGCAGAUCGUAUCGCUAAGCUGUUUGGUUUUAGGAAGAGUCCGGAAUCUUUUUUCCAUCUCAUCAAUGAAACUGGGAGUUUCCAGAAUAGGAGUUUCAAGAAGAGAAUACUUCAGGGUGUCAAUUUUGCAUCAGGAGGCUCAGGGAUUCUCGACAGCACUGGAUUCCAAUUAUUUACGAACGUGGUGUGGUUGAGAGAGCAGAUUCAGCAAUUUUCAACAGUUCGUGGAAAUAUCACUGAGAUAUUGGGUCCAGAAGCUGCUGCUAAAAUGCUAUCUAAGUCGUUGUUUCUCAUUAGUGUUGGAGGCAAUGACCUCUUUGAAUAUCAGCUAAAUGUGUCUAAGAAUGAUCCUAAUCUGCCUCAGGCACAAGAGUUGAUAGCCAUUCUAUCAUCAACAUAUCAAAUUCAUCUACGGAGUUUGUAUGACUUGGGGGCUCGAAAAUUCGGCAUUGUAAGCAUCCCAGCAAUCGGAUGCUGUCCAAAGGAGCGUGGUUUUGGUAAUGGUGAAUGCAACAAGGAAAUGAAUGAUUUGGCUCAAGCAUUCUUCAGUGCCACUGACAUCCUCUUACAAAAUUUAACCUCUCAAGUUCAAGAGAUGAAGUACUCUCUUGCAAAUCUUUAUGAGAUAUCUCAUGAAAUUAUAUCUAAUCCAGGGGCCUCAGGUUUCACGGUGGCGCAAACAGCAUGCUGUGGGAAUGGAAGCUACAAUGCACAAUCCCCAUGUAAUCUAGAUGCAAAGCUUUGUCCAAAUCGCCGGGACUACGUGUUCUGGGAUUCAAUUCACCCAACUCAACGCGCUGCCAAGUUAGCUGCUCGAGCCCUCUUUAAUGGAGGAGCAAACUAUGCAACACCUGUGAAUUUUAGUCAGCUGGUGGAGGAUUAA